AUGUCCAACGAACGUCGGCUGAAGAACCUGAAAACCCGGCAGAAGAGUCUGCUUGCAUCGUUCUUCAACAUCAAGGCCUUCGUGGAGGCCUACGAGGAAGAGCAGCAUGAAUGCCAGGUACCCGGUCGACUCGAGCACCUGGUUAGUCUCUGGAACGACUUCAAUGCGGUGCAGGCGGAACUCGAGACACUGGAUGAAGCAGAAGUCGACAAUCACCUAAAGCAACGGAUUGAAUUUGAGUCGUCAUUCUUCGAAGUGAAAGGUUUCCUGCUCUCUAAAAAUAAAAGCUCUCCGUCGCCGCCCACUCCUUCCUCUUCUCAUUCUACGCCACACGUCCCUGCUUGGUCAUCGCACGUACGCUUACCUGACGUCAAACUUCCGGUAUUUAAUGGCAACAUCGACAGUUGGUUGAACUUCCACGACUUGUUUGUCUCGCUGGUCCACUGCUCUCACGAACUAUCUAACAUCCAGAAGUUCUACUAUCUUCGUUCUUCUCUAUCCGGAGAAGCUCUGAAACUUAUUCAAACCAUCUCAAUAAGCGCAAACAACUAUCUUGUGGCUUGGACCUUGUUGGUUGACCACUACCAAAAACCAGCAAGAUUGAAGCAGUCUUACGUGGACUCACUCUUCGAAUUUCCAUCCCUGAAACGCGAAUCUGCUACGGAGUUGCGCAAUCUCGUCGAGAGAUUUGAGGCGAACGUAAAGGUUCUCAAACAACUUGGCGAAAAAACCGAAUUUUGGGACAUACUUCUCAUCCGAAUGCUCAGCAUUAGACUAGACCCUACAACGAGACGCGACUGGGAGGAAUACUCAUCGACUCUGCCUUCAAUUUCCUUCCCCGAUCUGACUGGUUUCAUCCAGCGGCGUGCAAGCGUUCUUGAAACCAUCGGAAAGAACAUCGAACAGAUGCCGAGCAACGUCAUCAACAAAAAACCUUCGCAGCGGCCAGUCACCAGCCACGGAGCCAACCAAUCCAGCUUCCGCAAAUGCAUAUCAUGUUCUGAGCAUCAUCCCCUGUAUUUGUGUUCUGUUUUUUCAAAGCUGAGCCUUGAAGAGAAGGAGAAGGAAGUACGGCAACAUCAGCUAUGCAGGAACUGUCUACGUAAAGGUCAUCACGUGAAGGACUGCUCAUCCACUAGCACCUGUCGGUACUGCCGAGGUCGUCAUCACUCACAGAUCUGCACCAAUGGAAUCUCCGGAGACGGCAACACAACCAAGCCAAGACAACCAUCGAAGCCCACGAACGAACAGCCCUCUGUAUCGUUACCUGCCGCUCUCAAGGACACUCCAUGUUUUGCUGCAGCUAAAGGCAUCCGUAAAAAUGUCCUCUUGGCUACAGCGGUACUAAUUCUCAUCGACGAAAACGGCACGGAGCACUCCGCUCGAGCACUUCUCGACUCUGGCAGUGAAUCGUGCUUCAUCUCUCAAUCGUUCUCUCAACUCAUCAAAGUUCACCGCCAGAAACUCAACUGUCCCAUCAUCGGAAUCGGUCAGUCCAUCACUCAAGCUCGUUUCAAGGUUCGAUCUACCAUCCGCUCACGUGUGAGUCAGUACUCUGCCACGUUAGAAUUCCUCGUAUUGCCGAAGAUCACCAUUGACCUCCCUUCAACGUCCGUAAACACAUCAUCCUGGAGCAUUCCAUCUGGUAUAGAGCUUGCCGAUCCAUCGUUCUACAAAUCAAGUCGAAUUGAUCUCAUUCUGGGUGCCGAAAUCUUUUUCGACUUAAUCAAAACAUCGGAAAGAAUCCCGCUCGGUGAUGGCCUUCCAACAUUAGUCAACUCCGUUCUCGGUUGGAUCGUUACCGGCAAAAAUGAGGAACCUCGCACUUCAAUUCGUCCUGUCGUGGCUAACUUGGCUAGCACCAGCGAUCUCAACCAGCUAAUGGAACGAUUUUGGUCUCUUGAAAACAACGACACAUCACCCAACUACUCCGUUGAAGAAGCAGCUUGCGAAAAUCAUUUCCUGCAACACGUUUCUCGCACACCUGAGGGCCGCUACUGCGUCCGCCUACCGACCAAAAGGGACAUCCUGGACAAACUGACCGACAACCGACGAACCGCACUUCGACGCUUUCACAUGCUUGAAAGUAAACUUAACCGGAACCAGAACCUCAAACAGCAGUACGACAGCUUCAUGGACGAAUAUGAAUCGCUUGGCCACAUGCAGAAGGUACUCGACCCAGACCAACCACCCACUCCAUGCUAUCACCUACCUCACCAUGCUGUAGUUCGAGAAGAGAGCACCACAACGAAGGUCCGCGUAGUUUUCGACGCGUCAUGCAAGACGCCCAACGGUCCUUCCUUAAACAGCGCCCUGAUGAUCGGACCCAUCGUUCAGGAAGAUCUACGUUCCAUCAUCAUGCGUUCCAGACUUCGACCAGUGAUGGUGAUAGCCGACAUCAAGCAGAUGUACAGACAGAUUCUUGUUCAUGAAGAUGACACUCCCCUGCAGCGAAUCGUUUGGCGAGCCUCACCCGACGCACCGAUGUGGACCUACGAGCUUAAGACCGUCACGUAUGGCACCGCUAGUGCCCCGUACUUGGCGACUAGAGUAUUACAACAGCUAGCAGAAGACGAGUGCGACCAGUUUCCAGAGGCAGCGAGAGUACUCAAACGGGAUUUCUACGUCGACGACCUUUUUUCUGGAGCUGAUUCUGUCGACGAAGCCGUUCAUCUUCGAAAGCAACUUCAUGCGCUGCUGAUCAAGGGUGGCUUUGAACUCCGAAAAUGGGCAUCGAACAUGCCAGCAGUUCUCGAAGACGUAACUCCAGACAAUCGUGCUCUUCAAGCAUCAGUGGACUUCGACAGAGACCAAUGUCUGAAAACUCUCGGGUUGCACUGGGAGCCCGCAACAGAUCACCUGCGCUACCGAAUCAACCUCCCCGAAUCUGCAUCCGACCAACCGUUAACUAAAAGAAUCGCUCUUUCGCACAUAGCUCGCCUUUUUGACCCCCUAGGAUUGUUAGGUCCGGUUGUUACUUCCGCUAAGCUCUUCAUGCAAGCUCUCUGGGGAUUAAAAAACGACGACGGUACAUCCUGGGACUGGGACCAACAACUUCCACCUACGGCCAUAGACUUUUGGCAAACAUACCAUUCACAGCUUGUUCUGCUCAACGACCUUCGUAUAGACCGCUGCAUUCUAUGCUCGAAUCCCUCAACAGUGCAACUGCACAUCUUUUCCGACGCGUCUGAGCGUGCCUACGGCGCAUGUGCCUACAUCCGUUCAACAAAUUCAUCUGGCGUCAACGUCGCACUUCUAACAGCAAGAUCCAAGGUAGCACCUCUAAACCGCCAAAGCAUUCCUCGCCUCGAACUCUGCGGAGCCCAAAUCGCCUCGGAGUUGUAUCAAAAGAUCAUCACAUCGCUUCAACGUCCCCUUGAGACCUUCUUCUGGGUCGACUCAACCACCGUCAUCCACUGGCUCAAAUCACCACCGUCCACUUGGGUAACAUUCGUCGCUAAUCGAGUCUCGAAAAUACAACUAGCCACCGAAACCUGUUCUUGGAACCACGUCCCGGGAUCAGAAAACCCAGCUGACUUGAUAUCACGGGGCAUACCAGCAGACGCCCUUCUUCAAAACAACCUAUGGUGGAAGGGGCCAGACUGGCUGAAACACGACGCUCAUCAAUGGCCAUCGCAACAAAUUACUCCGAUUCAAAACGCCGACAUUCUCCGAGAAAUCAGAAAAACACCAGUCACCGUAAUCACCGCAGCAUCUGCAGAAUCAUUCAUCGACGAACUCACCGGUCGAUUCUCCUCGUUUCGUCGGAUGAUUCACACCAUCGCCUAUUGUAGACGGGUCACCAGAAACCGCAGGGUCAAAACAGCAACAUCAUCCAGCAGCAAAGUUCUCACAUGCGAGGAAAUUGAAGAAGCGGAACACGUACUCAUCUCGCUCGUCCAACAACAAGCCUUCAGCAACGAAUGGAUCAACCUACAAAAGGGGAAAUCUGUCCCGACAAAGUCUCGCAUUAGAUGGUUCCAUCCGUUCAUAUCCGACGACCAGCUCAUACGCAUCGGCGGCAGGCUCGAUCAAGCGCAACUGCCGUACAACACCAAACAUCAAGUUCUCCUCCCGGGCACGCAUCGGUUUACCAAACUACUGGUCGACUAUUACCAUCGAAAACAUCUCCACGCAGCUCCACAACUCCUUAUCAGCAUUCUUCGAACCCGGUAUUGGGUAUUAGGGGCCAGGGAUCUGGCCAAAAGGGUCGUACACUCUUGCGUCAUCUGCUUCAGAGCCCGGCCAAAACAUCUCGAGCAAUUCAUGGGUAAAUUGCCGGCAGCACGCGUCACCAUGGCCCGUCCGUUCUCAAUAACCGGCAUCGACUACUGGGGACCCGUUCUGACUCAACCACCACACCGUCGAGCCGCUCCGAAAAAGGCUUACGUGGCAGUUUUCGUGUGCUUCUGCACCAAAGCUGUCCACCUUGAGCUUGUCAGCGACCUCACCACAGCCAAGUUUAUCCAGGCCUUGCGUCGUUUCGUUUCUCGCCGUGGACUUUGCUUCGAAAUUUACAGCGACAAUGGCAGAAAUUUUGUGGGGGCGGCAAAUGAAUUGCGACAACUAGUUCGGAGCGAGGCCCACAAACAAGCAUUGGCUGAGGAGUGCACAACGAACGGCAUCAGGUGGCACUUCAAUCCACCGAAAGCUUCACAUUUCGGCGGUCUCUGGGAGGCCGCAAUCUAUUCCGCCCAAAAACACUUCACUCGUGUUCUCGGAAGCCACACUUUGCCCUACGAUGAGAUGGAAACCCUACUCAUUCAAAUCGAAUGCUGCCUGAAUUCACGACCAAUCUCACCGUUGAGCGAUGAUCCUUCGGACUACGACCCCUUAACACCCGGCCACUUUCUCGCUGGGACUGCCCUGAAAGCUGUCCCACAGGCUGAUGUUUCGACGGUUCCAUCCAAUCGGCUCAAGCACUGGCAGCAAACACAAAAGCUGCUACAAAACAUCUGGAAACGUUGGCAUCUGGAGUAUGUUUCCACCCUGCAGCACCGUUCGAAGUGGUUAAAAUCACCCGUCAUCAUCGAAAAGGGUCGCUUAGUAAUCCUCAAGGACGAGACUGCUCCCCCGAUGACUUGGAAACUGGCCAGAAUUAUGGAUUUGCAUCCUGGAACCGAUGGAAUAACCAGAGUGGUUACGCUUCGCACAUCAGCUGGGACCUUCACUCGUCCGGUGGCAAAAAUAUGUUUGCUGCCUGAUGAAAACACUCCAGCCGAAACACCAACACUUUGCAUCCAAAAUCCAGCUAAUUUCACUUCCAGCGAUGAGAUCCGCAACACCGACGAGUGUUCCAGCAGCAACACCCUGAAAUAA